GCGGCCCGGCCCCCCGCGGCCCCUUGGUUGCUCCGCCGGGAGGCCGCCGAGGAGACGGCGCGGCCGAUCUGACAGAAACAUCCCAGAAUCUUGGUGUCUGGACAUACGAGUUGUCGUCACUUGAUUUGAAGCGCAAGACUUUUCCAGUCAUUAUAGAUAUGGACAAAGAAGAAAGGAAGACUAUCAAUCAGGGUCAAGAAGAUGAAAUGGAAGUUUAUGGUUAUAAUUUGAGUCGUUGGAAGCUUGCCGUGGUUUCUUUAGGAGUGAUUUGCACUGGUGGGUUUCUCCUCCUGCUUCUCUAUUGGAUGCCCGAGUGGCGGGUGAAAGCAACCUGUAUUCGAGCUGCAGUUAAAGACUGUGAAGUGGUGCUGCUGAGGACUACUGAUGAAUUCCAAACGUGGUUUUGUGCAAAAAUUCGCUUUCUUUCCCUGGAAACACUCCCAUUUUCAGGUCCAAAAUCGAUAGCUAAUAAGGUUUCAAAUGGCCAUGCCGUUCAUUUAACUGAGAAUCUGGCUGAAGAGAGCAGGCAGGAGAUGAACAAACAUUCACAGACUCCGUCACAACAGAUUCGUUAUUUCACCCACCAUAGUGUAAAGUAUUUCUGGAAUGAUACCAUUCACAAUUUCGAUUUCUUGAAGGGACUGGAUGAAGGUGUUUCUUGUACGUCAAUUUAUGAAAAGCAUAGUGCAGGACUGACAAAGGGGAUGCAUGCCUACAGAAAAUUGCUUUAUGGAGUAAAUGAAAUUACUGUGAAAGUGCCUUCUGUUUUUAAGCUUCUAAUUAAAGAGGUUCUUAACCCAUUUUACAUUUUCCAACUAUUCAGUGUUAUACUGUGGAGCACUGAUGAAUACUAUUACUAUGCUCUAGCCAUUGUGAUUAUGUCCAUAGUCUCAAUUGUAAGCUCACUAUAUUCCAUUAGAAAGCAAUAUGUGAUGUUGCACGACAUGGUGGCAGCUCAUAGUACUGUGAGAGUUUCAGUUUGUAGAGUAAAUGAAGAAAUAGAAGAGAUCUUUUCCACAGACCUUGUGCCAGGAGAUGUCAUGAUCAUUCCGUUGAAUGGGACAGUCAUGCCUUGUGAUGCAGUACUCAUCAGUGGUACUUGCAUUGUAAAUGAGAGCAUGUUAACAGGAGAAAGUGUUCCAGUGACAAAGACUAAUUUGCCAAAUCCGUCAGUGGACAUUAAAGGGAUGGGAGAUGAAUUAUAUAGCCCAGAAACACACAAACGACACACUUUGUUUUGUGGGACCACGGUUAUUCAGACUCGCUUCUAUACUGGAGAACUUGUCAAAGCCAUAGUAGUUAGAACAGGAUUUAGUACUUCCAAAGGACAGCUUGUCCGUUCCAUAUUGUAUCCCAAACCAACUGAUUUCAAACUCUACAGAGAUGCGUACUUGUUUCUUCUGUGUCUUGUGGCAGUGGCCGGCAUUGGAUUCAUCUACACCAUUAUCAAUAGCAUUUUAAAUGAGGUAGAAGUUGGGGUAAUAAUUAUUGAGUCUCUUGAUAUCAUUACAAUCACUGUGCCGCCUGCACUUCCUGCUGCAAUGACUGCUGGUAUUGUGUAUGCUCAGAGAAGGCUGAAAAAAAUUGGUAUUUUCUGUAUCAGCCCCCAAAGGAUAAAUAUCUGUGGACAGCUGAAUCUUGUUUGCUUUGACAAGACGGGAACUCUUACUGAAGAUGGUUUAGAUCUUUGGGGGAUUCAGCGAGUGGAAAAUGCACGAUUUCUUUUACCAGAAGAAAAUGUUUGCAACGAGAUGUUGGUAAAAUCUCAGUUUGUUGCUUGUAUGGCUACAUGCCAUUCACUUACAAAAAUUGAAGGAGUGCUUUCUGGAGAUCCACUUGAUUUGAAAAUGUUUGAAGCCAUUGGAUGGAUUCUGGAGGAAGCAACUGAAGAAGAAACAGCACUGCAUAAUCGAAUUAUGCCCACUGUGGUUCGUCCUCCCAAACAACUGCUUCCUGAGUGUACGCCUGCCGCAGGAAACCAAGAGAUGGAGCUGUUUGAACUUCCAGCUAUUUAUGAGAUAGGAAUUGUUCGCCAGUUCCCAUUUUCUUCCGCUCUGCAACGUAUGAGUGUAGUUGCACGGGUGCUAGGGGAUAAGAAAAUGGAUGCCUACAUGAAAGGAGCACCUGAGGUCGUUGCCAGUCUUUGUAAAGCUGAAACAGUUCCUGUUGACUUCGAAAAAGUUUUAGAAGAGUACACUAAACAGGGCUUCCGUGUUAUUGCUCUUGCACACAGAAAAUUGGAGUCGAAACUGACGUGGCAUAAAGUACAGAAUAUUAGCAGAGAUGCCAUUGAAAACAACAUGGAUUUUAUGGGAUUAAUUAUAAUGCAGAACAAAUUAAAGCAAGAAACCCCUGCAGUACUUGAAGAUUUGCAUAAAGCCAACAUUCGCACUGUCAUGGUCACAGGUGACAACAUGUUGACUGCUGUUUCUGUGGCUAGAGACUGUGGAAUGAUUCUACCUCAGGAUAAAGUUAUUAUUGCCGAAGCAUUACCUCCAAAGGAUGGGAAAGUUGCCAAGAUAAAUUGGCAUUGUGCAGACUCCCUAACACAGUGCAGUAACUCACCAGCAGCUGACUCAGAGGCAAUUCCAAUUAAAUUGGUUCAUGAUAGCUUGGAGGACCUUCAGUUGACUCGUUACCAUUUUGCAAUGAAUGGAAAAUCAUUUUCAGUGAUAUUGGAGCAUUUUCAAGACCUUGUUCCUAAGUUGAUGUUGCAUGGCACUGUGUUUGCUCGUAUGGCACCUGAUCAGAAAACACAGCUGGUAGAAGCACUGCAAAAUGUCGAUUACUUUGUUGGGAUGUGCGGUGAUGGUGCAAAUGAUUGUGGUGCUUUGAAGAGAGCACAUGGAGGCAUUUCAUUAUCAGAGCUCGAGGCUUCGGUGGCAUCUCCUUUUACCUCCAAAACGCCUAGUAUUUCCUGUGUGCCAAACCUUAUCAGGGAAGGCCGUGCUGCUUUAAUGACUUCCUUCUGUGUGUUUAAAUUUAUGGCAUUGUACAGCAUUAUCCAGUACUUCAGUGUUACUCUAUUGUACUCCAUCCUAAGUAACCUAGGAGAUUUCCAGUUUCUUUUCAUUGAUCUGGCAAUCAUUUUGGUAGUGGUAUUUACAAUGAGUUUAAAUCCUGCUUGGAAGGAACUUGUGGCACAGCGACCACCGUCAGGUCUUAUAUCUGGGGCCCUUCUCUUCUCCGUUUUGUCUCAGAUUAUCAUCUGCAUUGGAUUUCAGUCCUUGGGAUUUUUUUGGGUCAAGCAGCAACCUUGGUAUGAAGUGUGGCAUCCACAUUCAGAUGCUUGUAAUACAACAAGAAGCCUAUAUUGGAAUUCUUCACAUUUAGACAAUGAAACUGAACUUGAUACACGUAAUAUACAAAAUUAUGAAAAUACCACAGUGUUUUUUAUCUCCAGUUUUCAGUACCUCAUCGUGGCAAUUGUCUUUUCAAAAGGAAAACCCUUUAGGCAACCUUGCUACAAGAAUUAUUUUUUUGUUGUAUCUGUGAUCAUGUUGUAUGUUUUCAUAUUAUUCAUCAUGUUGCACCCCGUGGCCUCUGUUGACCAGGUUCUUCAGAUAGUGUGUGUCCCAUAUCAGUGGCGUAUAACCAUGCUCAUCAUUGUUGUUGUCAAUGCCCUCGUCUCUAUCAUGGUGGAGAGCUUCUUCCUUGACAUGGUCCUUUGGAAAGUUGUGUUCAGUCGAGACAGACAAGGAGAACCCCGCCUCACCACCACACAGCCUCCACAGGAGUCUGUGGAUCGAUGGGGAAAGUGCUGCUUGUCCUGGGCCAUGGGCUGUAGGAAGAAGAUGCCCAAGGCCAAGUACAUGUGUCUGGCGCAGGAGCUCUUGGUUGAUCCCGAGUGGCCACCAAAACCCCAGACGACAACCGAGGCUAAAGCUCUGGUUAAGGAGAAUGGAUCAUGUCAGAUCAUCACUAUAGCUUAGCAGUGAGUCGGUCUCCAUGGUGUGUUAAUAGCAGUAUUCAGGAGAAUGUGAUGUUGGGAUUUUCUGAUUCUGUGAGCCAGGAUGGCACUAUUGCAAUUUAUGUCCCUUCUGAUACAGUGGCUGAUUUGAGAGCUUUGCUUAAAAAAUAAAUAAAUAAAUAGCAGAAAAAAGGUAUUGGCCUGACAGUUAACAUUAACAGUCUGUAAAGUUCUGUAUUCAGUAAUCUAAAUACAAUAUACAUUUUCAGAAUUCUGAUUGUUACCCUCAAUGAUAGUCCUUAUAUCGGGUACAGGAGAAAGUUGAUGUUUAGUAGGUUUCUAGACAUUAGCAUUUGAGACCAGUUUAUCCCUUUAAAUUUACUUUCACACCCUCUUAUUAGGCAGUUUCCUAUGGGCCCUAAUUUUAUGAUUGAUGAAAAUAAAAUGAAAUGGGUGUUAAGUAGUCUCCAGGGGAAACGAGUUAAAGGCCUCUUUCAUUUGGUUUCAUUGUUUCUUUCAAAGCAUUCUGGGUAAGCAUUACCCCAGUUCCUUUGGGUCACCUGCAGUUAGGAGUGAGUUUGCAUGGUCUUGCUUAUUGAACAACUCAGGUAAUUUCCAUUUCUGGUUUUAUAUUUUCUGUACAAACUGCCUGGGUUUUAUUUUUCUAAUCAGCAAGGUGCUUCACUGCCUUCUCGAAACGUCCCUCAAAGCUGUCAGAUGGGUCUUGUGCUGUGUCUGUUGUCAGUGGUCUAAUCUGCUUCAGUUAAGCGUAGAGCUCUUUUCACUGGGAGAAAAGAAUGUUCCUUUCAGGGCAGCAUUGUAGAUCUGAUACUUCUUCAUACCUGUAUUCCUCCCUCAGGCUUUGUAUUAUUUUAAAUAUUUUACAAUUUUCUUGUCAGCUUUUAAUUACCUAAAGGAUAGGCUAGUAGUUUUGUUUUUUGAAUCAGAAAAAGAUUGCCUAAAGUUCUGUGUAGGUCUCCUAUCAGUAAUGAGGCAUAACAAUGAGUAUCGGAUUUGAUACUGUGUUUUCAAAGCCACAGAAACUUGCUGAGAGUUUGUUUUAAGACCAUGAGAUGGCGCCAGAGGUCAGCGCAUACUUAUUUUGGAUUGGAGUAGUUAAAACUAGGAGCCUAUUUGAUGUAGACGGUUCUGGAAGGAAGAAGAUAGAGGAAAUUAAGAAGAUAUACUCACUUAGCCAAAAGAAUUGUAGAAAAUGUUUUUUAACUUUCUGUUUUGCCUGAGUAAUGUUUCAAUUAUAAAAAUCUUAAAAGUAACUUAAAGAAAAUGCCUUUCUAGGAAGAAUUCAGCAGCUUGCCAGUGCCCACAGUUAAAGUACACACAGGAAAUGAAUUGCUGUAAUGGACCCUACACUCUUAAAACAGGGCGGCAUUAGCCUGUUCUUGCUUGUCUAACUCAUCAUUAUUUUCCUGAUAAUAUUUAGAAGUUGAUCAUAUGUUACCCAGAACUGUAGAACCAGAAGGUUCUCCCUUUUUAUGCUGCAAAGGCCUGAAUGAUAUUUGGUAACUCUACAAAAGUGUCAGUUACACUCAGGAUCACUGCUGUUGCCACUGAUGAUUUCUUACGAAAAAGAUAAUCGCAGUUUUCCAUUAAAAUGUCUGUGAUAUUAAUACAUGCCAGAUGAUAACAAUUCCAUGAAUGAUUCUAUGAAGCUAUGCAUCUUAGACCUCUUGGGCUGUGAAUUAGCACUUCUUUCUCUAGUUACUUAGUCUCUUGAUUGUUUUAUAAUUUCCAUGUUCAUUUUCAGUAUGCUCAAGUGUUAAGCCUUUAGUGAUUUCCAGAACUGUAAAUUUUAUUCUUUGGCUUAAAUACUGAAUCAUACAACUAAAGUAAUUGCUAAGUACCAGCUUAAAAAUCUAAUUAUCAGAUUGCAUCUGACAUCUUUAAGAGCAUGAUCAGAAAGAGCUAUUUUUGACAACUCUCCCCAUCCCCUUUUAAUAUUUAGAGCUACUAAAGGUUUUGUGUCUCAUCUGUCCAUAUUAUGUUCAAGGGAAUGAGGCUUUUAGGUAGGUGGGAGAGCAUUCGUAAGAAGUUAGAUUUGACUGUAGAUAGAGUGGAUUGUUGAAGUUGCCAAUGUUAUUUGAAGGGUAUCUGGAUGUGGACCCUACUCAGUGCCAUAGUUAGACUGAGUCUUCUCUCUGUAGGUCACCAGUACAUAGUAAUUUUGAUUCUGAAUUUUAUGUUAAAUUAUUUGAGUGUAUACAGACCUAAAUUUUUAAAUCUGUACAUAUAUUAUUUUGAUGUAUUAAGAUUAAUUAAUAUUGCUGAUUUAAAUUUUAUUUAUGCACAUACUUAAAGGACAGAAAUGUCUGGGAAAGUAAUUGUUAAAUAAUGAUAUGUAACUUUUUAACUUUUUAAAUAAAUAACAAGAUUUUUAAUGUGUGUCUCCCUCAGGGUUGUUGAAAGUUUUUUUUUCCUCCCUGAAAUACAGAUUGUGGGAAAAAUAUGUUUUUUAUCUUCUAGCACCAACUGCUGUACAGCAAUGCUGCAAAUAAUGCUUGAAUAAAAGUGGCUAAGCCAACAACAAAAAUAAAAUACUUUUUGUAGUAGUUUUAUAAUCUUUCAAUUUGAAAAGCUUCCCAAAUUGCACUUGCAUUUAAACAAAACUGUUGCAGCUUUUAUUUAUUUUGUGUCCCGUGUUUGUGAAAGUGCUGCACAGUUUCAAAUGCACGGUAAAUAAAUAAUGUUCAGUGUCUGUAGUUUGUUCCAGAACAAUAUCUAAGGAAGAGCAAGACCCAAACUUCAGGCAACAUGCUAAUACUUCAUGCAUGCAGCUUUGACAUAGGUGAAAAUAGUUUUUUGUAUAUUUAUGAUGGGAAGUGGUUGGGAACUUUUAACAAAAGUGGGGUGUUGAUUUUUGUACAGUGUGUGGGCAUUUACACAUAUUUUUAAUGUAUUAAAAUUUGGUAAUUAUGUGCACAUGAAAUUAAUAAAAUCAUUACUUCCUGUUAUGAUUUGUGAAUUCCCUUAAAACCUUGGAUUUUUAAGUAAAUUUAUAUCAGAAAUGAUACUGCAUCUUUAUAUUUUUUAAAUUGUAUUGCUGCUCAAGAAUGGUACCCUAUUGUCCAAAAGGCAUACAUUCAUAAUUGUACAUUUAGCAUUGUAAAUAUCCUUAUGAAAUCUUUUUUGAUUGAAGCUAUUCAAAAUAAAAAUUUA